AGUGUGCUUUAGUCUUGAUGCUAACUUUAACCCGAUCGGUGCUAGUAACUCACAUCUUCCGCGUGUGAUUUGUACGGGAUUUCCUGCUGUGACGCAAUAAUUAUCUGUAGUCAAUCUGAAACAUGGAUCCCAAUACCCCGCAACCGUCAUCAGCUUCUGCAACUCCAUUACCGGAAUCCGUAACAAACGCAUUGAUGAGCAUUCAACCCCGAUAUAAUAGCUUCCACCAACACCAUGCUAUGCCGCACAUGACCAGUGGUAACAGCUACAACCAAACACCAGGAUCGGCCCCUGGAUCGGCACCUGGUUCUACUAGCAAUACCAGCAACAACAACAACCUGCAACCGGCGACGACUAGUGUGAUAAAUUUGUCCAACUCCAGUGACGUCGUAAUAGGUCCAAUGACUCAGUACCAAGGAUCCGUUACAAUCUAUCAAUAUAUGGAUGCCACCGUCGAGGCAACCCGAAUUGCUUCCGGCAGAAACAACCAAAGCCGAGGACUUCCAUCACCGGAGCAAUCAUCAGCGCUAAGACAGGAACGAUAUUUCCUCUAUGGAGCGCUCAUCCUUUUUACUAUAAUCGCAUUCUCUGCAGCAUUAUAUUUCAUCAUAAACCAGACUCAAAGCAACUCUAGUCCUAGUCAACCGGAGAUCCUCUUCGGUAAUAAUUACGUAUCGGGAACUAUUCCCAACCUUGGCAACGGCCAUCUAGUCAUCGAUCGUCAAAACUGGGGUGCCCAAAGCGAUACCCGCGGACCGUACCCAUUACAACAUCCUACACCUUAUGUCUUAAUUACCCAUAUCGGCGUCCAGUCAACGCCCUGUAUAGAUAUGUACAGAUGCUCGAUCAAAAUGCGAACUAUCCAAGACGCGGCCGUAGCCGAGCUAAAUCUACCAGACAUCCCCAACAACUUCUACCUCGGCGGUGAUGGAUUCAUAUACGUUGGUCGAGGCUGGGAUAUAGCGAAUGCCUACGCCAAUCACACCUUGUCGGUAUGCUUCAUGGGAGACUACAUUCGGUACGAGCCGAAUGACAAACAGUUCUCCGCCCUUGAACACCUUCUGGCCCACGGAGUCGCUAAAGAUUAUCUGACGAAGGAUUACCAACUCGUGGCACACAAUCAGACAAGAACAACCAGAAGCCCUGGGCCAUACGUAUACGAUCGGAUCUCCAAGAUGCCACGAUGGUCCCCUUGUGGAACGGCAGGUUAUAGUGCAUGCGGUGCCGAAAUUGGACUGCCAACGGUAUGGGCCCAGGAUUAUCCAAAGAAGAACAUCACCAGCAAUCAUCCUCCAACCACGAAUGGAGAAACCGUAUGAACGGUAUCUGUAGUCGGUGCGAAAUAAAUCAUUUGAGCAAGUGCAUCGCGCUUGUAUUCGAUGUCAGGAGAGCAGACAAUCGUUCGUAAUCUGUGAAAUCAACUACAAUAACACUGGAAUGGCAAACGGAAACAGACACUUGAAAUCGUUAGUUUAUACAGUUUGUGUUAGACGUACGCUAACGCUGCAUCGUUAGGGCAUUGGCACCACUCAUGGAAACCACGUGAAUUUAAAUUGGGAAUCUCCAAAAGAUGAUCUAGAUAUGAUUGAGACUAUUUUUUUUAUAAGGGAACCUGUGACUAUGAUGUAAGGAAUAAUGUAAUUUAGUAUGCUCAUAUGAAUGCAACAUAUUGUAUGCAAAUCGAUGUAUUGUUGAAUAUAUAUUUAAGUUUGGAUUUUACGCAUGUUGAUUUCUCUAUGAUAUGCUCAAAUUAAUGUAUAGGUUGGAAAAUACGAAUAUUAUAAUAAAUUACAUGUGAAUUUA